AAGGAAGAUCAACCUUCCAACUUAACAGCAUGGAACGACCGUCCUUCUCUAUAGUGGCUGAAACCGAGCAUACGUCAAAGUAUGGCAUGUAUCAUGGUCGACAUGGUCAUUUACCGCUAGUUACGAUGAGCCACUUGCGGACUUGUCUUUCUCUGGCUCAUCUACAAGCAAUUAUGUCUUUCGUGCUGCCAAUGGCCUGAGCCCGAAUUGAUCUCUCAAAAAUUCGCUCAUGGGCAGCUAUGAGAAGACAAAGUUUAUUAACUCAUAUCUAGAGCUUGCAACUGGCUGGAUAUCACGCGUCGAGAGGUUAGUCUUGUGAUUGGAGGAUUCAUCUCCAUGCCCCCGCACUAGAUCAGAAACAAUUACUCUCAUGAUACAUAUACGCUUUAGCGCAGAGCUCGGCUCGAAACUCAUCCGACCUAGACUUUGUAUAAAGGAUGCGGACCAUGAAGUGAUGGUUCAUCCCCGCUCGGUGCCCCCUCAUAUAACAGUUAUGUCGUUGUUACUUACCGUCAGUGUGCUAGCAAUUCUAUCUCUUUGGAUGGUCAAACGCCUGUGGAGAAUUGGCUCGAGAGAGCAAGCCCUUCCUCCCGGUCCACCCACCCUCCCUUUGAUUGGGAAUCUGCAUGUCUUCCCUCAAACCCGUGCACACCUUAGACUCACAGAGUGGGCUCGGACCUACGGCGAAAUCUAUUCACUCAAAAUCGGUUCGGGGACCGCGAUCGUAGUGUCCAGUGCAAAGAUGGCUCGCGAAUGUUUCGAGCUGCACGGAGCAACAACUUCUGACCGCCCUGCUAUACAUGUUAUAGAGCUAGUGUAUAAAGGACUGGAAAUGCCUUGGUCACGGUACGGCACCCACUGGAGGAACAUGAGGCGUGCAGCGCACGAUCUGUUGAAUAAAGAAGCAUGUUUGUCUCAUUUGCCUAUCCAGCGCGCCGAAGCGAGCCAACUUAUGCACGACAUCCUACAACAACCCCAGCAUCUGUACGCUCAUAUCCGGCGAUAUACAGCAUCAGUCGCCUUCUCUUUGAUAUUUGGGAUCCAUUGCUCCAUGUACGACAACCCUAUAGUCGAAGAAUUUUAUGAAGGCCAACGCACAUGGGAACAUAUCCUUAGACCUGGUGGCCACCCACCCGUCGACAUUUUCCCCCUUCUAAAGCACGUCCCUGAACGGUGGGCAUCGUGGAAAGGCUUAUGCAGAGAGGUACGAUCUCGGCAACACCAGCUGUACUUCCCUCUGUUGCAGAAUUGUAUCGACCGCAUCAAAUCGGACAGGCGCAAUCACUCGUUCAUGGAGUAUGUACUAGAACAUGAGGAUCAUUAUGAGUUCACGCGCGAAAUGACUGUUUACCUUGGUAUUUCUCUGAUAGAAGCUGGCGCCGAUACAACCGCCAUAUUCUUACAGUUCUUCUUGGUUUUCAUGCUCGCACAUCCAGAUGUCAAGUUCCGAGCUCAAAAGGAUAUUGAUGAUGUGAUAGGGGAUAAUCGGAGUCCAAACCUCGAAGAUAUCGAUGAUUUGCCGUACAUUAAGGCUAUCAUUAAUGAAGUUCACCGCUGUCGUCCUGUAGCACCUACAGCGAUCCCUCACGCAGCAACAAAAGAUGAGAGGAUUGGUGGAUUUUUCAUACCCAAGGGAUCUGCCAUCUUCAUGAACAUAUGGGGUAUGAGUAGAGAUCCGGAGCUUUUUGAUGAUCCCAAUAGAUUUUGGCCAGAAAGAUAUUUGAAAUCAGAGCAUGGGACCAAGCCAGGUGUCGACACUACAGGACUCAGGAGCGAUAUGCCCAUGUCGUUCGGUGGAGGACGACGCAUUUGCCCUGGCGUCCAUCUUGCGUACAACUCAAUUGCGAUGAACGUUAUGAACCUCUUAUGGGCGUUCAACAUCGAAUUACCCAAGGAUCCAGUGACGGGAAACUCGAUUCCUCCAGACGAAGAUGAUACCACGGAUGGCUUAUUCCUGACUCCGAAGCCAUUCAAAUGUGAUAUCACUCCACGAAGCACAGCCAAAGUUGAUAUUAUCAAGAAACAAUUCAAUGCAGCUGAACCUACAUUCGAGCUCUUUGACAAGUCCAGCUGAAGCGCAAUGCGACCGACUAGGGUCCCGAUGAAACUAUUCGCCUUCUCGUCCAUAGAUAUGAAGUCUGUUGUCCAAAGGAGUCCUUGGUGUCAUGUAUCGUUUAGGUAAGAUUGCCACGACACCAUCACUGUAAAGUAGAUCCUAUUUCGUGAGUCUGAGCUCGAUUGAUUUGAUUUGAAUGGCCUUGAGUAAUGAUUAAUCAAUGCCACUCGGUUCAAAGAUGAC